CCAAACUGUAUCCUAGUAUCGCCAUUAUUGAGAGCACAAUCUGUAGCUUAUCCCUCUCAUAGCUUCUCGAUUUCCAUUUCGUCCUGACGUACCAAUAUAAGUUGUGAGUGGUAUGUCCAAAUCAAUCUAAACGUCUGACUUCAUUUUCACGGUCCGCCAGACGGCAUCAUUUUUGGGAUGGGCCGAUUGCAACCAUGCUCUGGAAGCCUUUGCCGGAAGACCAAGGUUGCGCAUGCUGGUGUGAGAGUUUGACCAGUGCUGAGGGACUCCCGUAGGUUGUCAUCAAGACCGAUUUCCAUGCAAACAUCCGCCAGCAUAUCCUUCUUGGCCUUUGGGGUCUUUGGCUGUUUGUCUUUCCUGGCGCUAGAUCUGUGUCGAGACGGCUCGACCCAGGCUCUUCUUCAGGCUUUGCGUUGCAUCUCGUACAACCUCAAGUGCUCGGAUUUGUUCUGCGAUCAGCAGUCGGCUCCUUUAGGAAAGAGACCGACCGGCCGAUGCGCAACGUCUCCAUUGAGGAAUCAGCACUGUCGUCGACGGACGACGAACGUGAAGAAGUGGCACAUGCCAGCAGGAUGAGCGCUUGAG